AUGGCGGCCACUCAAGAUAACAACAAAGGCUUCUUCCCAUUAGCCGGUGUCGCUACUGAUGGUUGGUCCACCGAGGAUGAGGCAACAGCCACAUGUCUUUGUGGUGCCGUCCAGCUCGCCUUCCCAACACAUGGGCCAGGCCUCAUCAGUAGAUUCCUCUGCCACUGCGCCGACUGUCGCAAAAUCAGUUCAUCGAUGUUCUGCUCUAACUUCACCGUUGCCGACACCCACCUACGCCACCUUCGAGGCAAGGAGACCCUGAAGUCUUUUACCCAGUCCAAGACCAUCGCCACGGGCAACGAUAUGGCCAACCACUUCUGCGGGAACUGUGGAACCCUCCUGUACCGUGUCUCUUCGGGGUUGCCGGGAAUGAGUAUCCUGCGGCUCGGCACUGUCGAUGACUUCAGUUUAGUCGAAAAGAAGUUGAAGCCGCAGGUGGAGCAGUUCAUCGACACUCGGGCGAGUUGGCUUCGUCCAGUAGAUGGAGUCAAGCAGAUGAAGGAGAUGCAUACACCAGAGGAUGUUGCGGGAAUAGAGUAG